AAAAUAAACAAAUCAAAAUGGCAGUCGGCUUCAUUGUAAUCUUCAGCGCCAUAUUCGUCCUGGCCCAAGGAUCAAAUCUUUUGCCCAUUGAGCAGCAAUCGGAGGUGCCAAUCCAUUCUGGUGCUCCAGCGGCAGUCAUUUCGCAAGGACAACAGUCUGUGUCCCAGUCCGUUGGUUCUGCUUACGGUCAAGACCAAGGGUUGGCUGGUGCACGACCCUAUUGGGCUGCACCUCGUCCUGCUCUGGCUGCACCUCGUCCUGCUGAGUCCUACGCUCGUCCUGCUGUGGCUGUACCUCGUCCUUCUGUGGCUGCACCUCGUCCGGCUGUGUCCUACGCUCGUCCUGCAGCCGUGGUGGUUCCUGCUUUGGUGGUUGCUCCUAUUCGCCAGCCUCAGGGAGUCCCUGUCCCAGCCGUUGUAGGAGCUAGUCAAGGAAAUGUGUACCAUGGUCGCCAUCAUGGCUAAGCGUCGUGCAAAUACUCUGCUCGAAUCUCUUCCGGUUGACACACAUUUUGGAACCAAUUAAUAUUUACUUCUACAAAUAAUAUUAACAUAAAUAAAAAAAAAAAUGGAAAAC